CAACACUAUCUAAUAAUAAUCCACACAAAAAGAGAGUUUUGAUGAAAUAACCGGAAAAUAUUCGUUUUUAAUAAUGUUUCCACAAAUAAAAUUAUAAAAUUUGAAAAAUACUUUCGCAAACGCCAACCGCAAAUGUGAAUGAUUCGCCCCGAAGUCAUAAAAUAAUUUUCUAUUUGAAUGCGGUAUACAUAAAAUGUGGAAUAUGAUGUGCGACGUGAUGCCAACUAUAUCGGAGGAUAGCAUCUCCCAGCGUUCCUCACAGUUCAGCGGCGAAGAUGCGAACUUUGAACAGUUGAUGGUGUCCAUGUUGGAUGAGCGCGACAAGUUGAUGGACAGCCUUAGGGAGGCGCAAGAACGUUUGAGUGAAACGGAACAGAAACUGCAUGACACCGAAAAGGAGAGGGACAGUUUACAACGCCAAAUAAAUGCAAAUCUGCCACAGGAAUUUGCAACAUUGACCAAAGAACUAACCCAGGCCCGUGAAACUCUGUUGGAGCGAGAUGAGGAAAUUGGGGAACUUAAGGCGGAACGCAAUAAUACCAGGCUCCUGCUUGAACAUUUGGAGUGUUUGGUUUCUCGCCAUGAACGUUCUUUGCGUAUGACGGUUGUUAAGCGUCAAGCAGCUGCUCAAAGUGGCGUUUCAAGUGAAGUGGAAGUUCUCAAGGCCCUUAAAAGUCUUUUCGAACAUCAUAAAGCUCUGGAUGAGAAAGUGCGUGAACGUCUACGUGUUUCAUUGGAACGCAAUAACGCUCUAGAAGCUGAGCUUAACACAAUCAAAGAAGAGCUUCAACAGUAUAAAUCAGGGGCAAUUCAAGCCAAUAAUGAAAAUGCCGUAAAUGGGGAAAAGAAUUCCACCGCUGUCAAUGGUGAAAGCAAUGAAUCUGCCAUCGCUGCUGCAAAUGAAUAUGCUGCCAAAACACAUGAAUUGCAACAAAUCAUUGAGAAGCAGACCUCUGAAUUGUCUGAAUGGCAGCGUCGCGUAUCUGCCUUGAAGAACAAAUGCGACGAACUUGACGACAGUCUGGCAAAGGUUCAAAAGGAUUACAUGAAAUCGCAAGAACAAUGUUCGAAAUUGCAAAGAGAUUUAAGAGAGAACGUAGCACAAAAGGAAGAUCAGGAGGAACGCAUAGCUACCUUAGAGAAGAGGUAUUUGAAUGCGCAGCGCGAAUCAACGUCAUUGCAUGAUUUGAACGAAAAGUUGGAACAAGAAUUGAGGCAUAAAGAGGCCCAAUUGAAGUUACACGAGGAAAAAAUUAGUGCCAUUGAAGAGAAGUUGGAGCUGGCUGAGCAAAAAUUGGCCCAACAGGCCAAAUUACAGCCAGACAUGGAGGAACAGCUUAAAGCACGUAUGGAAGCUUUAACAAAGGUAGGAAACAAGGCCCAAGAACGACAUGGUUCUGCCGAGGAUCGUAUACAACGUUUAGAGGCUAACCUGGAGGAGAAGAGUGCCGAAGUUGUGAGAUUAAACCAAAGACUUAAAAUGAACGAGGAGCAUAAUCUACGUUUAUCCUCAACGGUGGACAAGCUGUUGUCAGAGUCUAAUGAGCGAUUGCAGGUGCAUCUCAAGGAACGCAUGCACUCCCUGGAUGAGAAGAAUGCCCUGACGCAAGAACUGGAAAAGGCACGAAAGGUAGCCGAGGAUUUGCAUCAUGAGAAGAGCGACAUCAUGAAGGAAUUAUCGAAGACGCGUUUGGAAAUUGAGAACUUCAAGCGCCAGUUGUUGCAGCAGGAAAUCGCAUACAACAUCCAGCAAACAGAGGCAUUAACACGUAGUCUAUCGCCCAGUAGCGUGGUAGAUGGAGGUCAGGCAUUUUCUCGCAGUGCUUCCCAUGCCAGUUUCGAUACACAUUCGCUGAGGCGGAAUAAAUCUCGGCUACAGGAGGAAAGUGAAAACUUUGCUCGUUCGAUGGCCGAACAAGAAUGGGAGAGCAUACAGCAGGCUCAUGCUCAGCAAGCGGCUUAUGAAAUUUCCGCAGCGGUAGCAGCAGCAGAAUGUGAAGAAGCUCAGGUAUUGUUUGGUGAUGCGGAUAUAAUGUCACCCACCGGGCAUACGGAUGCGCAAACCUUAGCGAUGAUGUUGCAGGAGCAACUAGAUGCCAUAAAUAAUGAAAUAAGAUUAAUACAAGAAGAAAAACAAUCAACUGAAGCUCGAGCUGAAGAACUUGAAUCGCGUGUAGGCAGUUUAGAACAUGUGAAUUUAUUGGCCCGCGGUCGUUCUAUGGAUCGAAGUCCACCAAUGAGUGGUCGCAGUACACCCAAUAGUCCCAAUCGAGAUUUUAUGCAGAAAUACCACACGCUUAAUCUGCCCGUUUUAUCCAGUGAUGUUUCGCGUGAUGAUAUCCAUGGCAUGACAACCACUACUGGAGAUUCUAGUUCUGGCGGAGCCGCCUCGCCCCUAACAGCCCGCUCAAUGCGCUUAGAACGUGUUGCUCAAGCAUUGGCCCACAGUCAAGAGGAGCUGCGCAGACGCUCGAUGGGUUUGUCACCCAACCAACAAAUGGCUAAUAACUCAGGUCACAUGACCAUACCUCAUUCGGGUUAUGGUCUUUCGCCGUUAAGUUCACGAUACGGCAGUCAGGAAUCCUUGAGCCGACACUUUAAUACCAUGGGUUCAAUGUCAAUGCUUCCACCGGCAUCGUCGGGGGUACGUGUUGAUGGUUCAUCGGCGGUGCAAAAGAAGAAAGGCAUUAAAUCUAGUUUGGGCCGAUUCUUUAGUAAAAAAGAAAAAGUCAAGGGUGUCAAAGAUACUCUGCCCGAUGGUUCACCUAGUAUGAUGUCCAUUGGCAAUUUAUCGAUGGGUCUAAGUGAAACCGAAUCGAAUUAUGAUGCAAUGAGCAUGACCGGGGGAAUGAUGCCACGCAUAGCCAGUGUACCAGGUUCAAAAAUCUCUUCCGUGGAUUAUGGCAGACAAAAGAAGGAACAUGAUUAUCGCAAUGAUUUACUGGGCGAGGCUAUGAAGGCUGGCACACCAUUUGCUCUGUGGAACGGACCCACUAUUGUUGCUUGGUUAGAAUUGUGGGUGGGCAUGCCUGCCUGGUAUGUGGCAGCAUGUAGAGCUAAUGUCAAAAGUGGAGCCAUUAUGAGUGCUCUCAGCGACACCGAAAUCCAAAGGGAAAUUGGUAUCAGCAAUCCUUUACAUCGGCUUAAAUUGCGUCUGGCUAUACAGGAAAUGGUUUCAUUAACAUCACCCUCUGCGCCACAGACAUCACGAACAACAUUGGCAUUUGGUGAUAUGAACCAUGAAUGGAUUGGCAAUUAUUGGCUACCCGGCCUUGGUUUACCACAAUAUCGCACAACAUUUAUGGAAUGUCUGGUGGAUGCUCGCAUGCUAGACCAUUUAACAAAAAAAGAUUUACGCGGACAAUUAAAAAUGGUUGAUAGCUUUCAUCGGACAAGUUUACAAUAUGGUAUUUCAUGCCUAAAACGUCUUAAUUACGAUCGCAAUGAACUGGAACAUCGGAGGAAAAUGUGUGAAAAUGGCCUGUGUGAUGUUAUCGUAUGGAGUAAUGAACGUGUAAUACGUUGGGUCUCCAGUAUUGGGUUGAAGGAAUACGCAAAUAACUUGUUAGAAUCUGGUGUUCAUGGAGCUUUAAUUGCGUUGGAUGAAAGCUUUGAUGCAAAUGCAAUGGCUUUGGCCUUACAAAUACCUACACAAAAUGCUCAGGCUCGCCAAAUUUUAGAUACUGAAUUUAAUAACCUAUUGCAAAUUGCCACAGAUCGCCGACCAGAAAAUGAACAUCUUAAUAAGUCCUGAUCUUGCUCUCCUACAAAUAAUACCGCAACAACACAUGUGCAGCUAUUUAAUACUAGCGAGUCUUAGGUUUUUUUACGGCAAUAUCAUCAGCAUCAUUAUCAUCAACAUUCAACAACAUCAUUAGACAUUGC